AUGGACGUCGAUGAUCCGACCGUCCCAUUUCUUUCCCGUGACGACCCUGCUGACGUCAUCUCGACCCCGUCGGACGUCGUCUCCUCACCUCCUGACGUCAUCCUAUCGCUCCCCGACGACGAAAAACCUGUCGGUUGUUCGUCGCAGGCUCUGCCUGGCGACGACCUCCCGUCGCACGACGACGCCUCUCAAGGCGACAUCGCCGUGUCGCCGAGCGACGAUCAUCUAGCGCCCGCGCUGUCGCCGUUCCAACCGGAGGCCUUCCCCGCUCUCCUUCCGCAGAACUCCGCGCCGUUACCCCCUCGUUCUCCGCCGUCCCCCCCUCCAACUUGCUCCCACCAUUCGUCGUGCGCGGAGCGCGCGGAGCCCGCCGUUCCUCCGCGCGCUGGACCUGCCUCCCCCUCCCCGCAAGCUUUCUCCUCUCCUCAAGUUUCCCCCUCCCCUUAUGUUCCGCGCGGCUAUCUCCCCCUCUCCCCUAAUGUCCACGUGCCCUACGCACCGGCGUCCCCUGGAAUAUCAUCAGAUAGUUUUGACCAAUGGCGGUUCACGGGCAGCCCGGAAAAAACGACAACGGGAGUAGCAACGGGCAGCCCGAAGAAGCCAGCCACUAGCAACCUACCCGAUUCCGCAACGGGCAGCCCAAAAAGAUCUCUUCUUGGCGGCUUUAAGAACCUGCGCGGAAACAGCACCUCCUGUGUAGCAGGCGGUGUUAAGGGGAGCGUGGAAAGAGGAGGCGGAGGUAACUUGGGUCAUGGGAUUGGGAGUGGGGGAGGGGAGAAGUGGGGAAGAGCGAAAGGGAGAAGGCGAAAAAGGGAGGAGAAGCAGGAGAGGGAGGAGGAGAGGGAGGAAAGGGAGGAGAGGGAAGAGGGGACGAAGGACAGGGGCGAAGAGAGGAGAGAGGAGGGGAGGGAGAACGGGGUUGCUGCUGCUGCUCUGAGAGGCGGAGAGGGAGGAGGGGAGGCGGGUGAGUCAGCAGGGUGGUGUGCCACGUCAUCAACUUCAUCCGUGCUUGUGGGUGGUGACGAGGAGGAGUGCGAAGAGGAAGAGUGCGACGGACGUGCAGAAGCAGAGGGGAUGCGAGAGAGGGACAGCAACGGCCGGGUGGAAGGGGAGAGUGAGGGGAGAGGUUAUGGUGAUGAAGGCAGUGCAGAGGAGGGGCAGUGGCAGCUGGGAGGGAAUGGAGGGAUGAAAGGAGAGAAGACAAGGAGGGUAGGUGGGGGUUUAGUCAGCCGUGGCAGAAAGAGGAGAAGCAGUGGGAGUAGGGAGAGCGGAAGGUGCAGAGCAGAGGGGGGCGGCACAGCUGAUGCAGGGCUCAGGCGUGAAGAGGGCGAUGUGGCUUCGCAAGGGCAGGAGGGUGCAGCGGAAGCAGUGCAAGCAGGCCGAGUGGUGGGGUCUGAUGGUGCAGCGGUGCCAAGUGGUGCUUGGGUUCCGCCGGUGUCUCCCUUCGGCCUCAUCCAGGAGCGCCUGUAUCGUGACCCGUGGAGACUGCUGGUUGCAUGUAUGCUGCUCAACAAGACAGCAGGCAGGCAGCUCCACAAAGUCAUCUGGGACCUAUUCCGCCUCAUCCCCUCCCCAGAGGCAGCCAUAGCAGCACCGACGGCUGAGAUCGCGCGCACCAUCCAAUCUCUGGGGCUGCACAACAAGCGCGCCGCCAUGAUCCAACGGUUCUCAGCGGAGUUCCCGAGGGGCGAUUGGACGGACGUGAGGCAACUGCACGGCAUUGGGAAGUGA